AUGGCCUCGAUCUGGAGAAGGGGAGCAGCUACCAGCCGAUUCCAGCCCACUCCGGCGGUCCCGGCGGCCAUCCAGCACCUUCAUGUGCUCUCUACCAUCUCCAUUGCGCUAACUCGACCUGCAGGUCCUCAACAUCAUCCGCGACUAACCCUAGCCGCUCGGACUGCUGGUGUGCGGUGUCGCCAUGGACGCCGGCGCGGCGCCUGCACCUCUGACUGUUUCCUCCGACACCGUCCGCGUUGCCUACGGGGCAUCCACCUCCUCAUACGCCCCUCUCACCCAGGCGCACCUCUUGGGGUCGUUGGCGCUUGUGAUUUCCCCGUGCGAGAUGGUGGCAACAGAGGGACUCUUUGGUGCCGGAGAGCUCGGGAUUCAUCACCCCUAACUGAAUCAACCCUGCUAUCACAGCCUCUGCAUGUUUAUGGCCUCUCAGCUUCGUGCUUAUGGUGUGGCUGCGUGGAAGCCGACGACAAGUACGGCCGCUCUCUACUUGCCUCUAAUAUGUAUGUCUUAACUCCCUCGAGAAAAGGAGUCUUUGCAAGACUACCCGCAUAUCUGGAGGCAUCGCGUGCGCCCGCCGUUUAUGACCGCCGGAUCGAUUCACCACAGACGGCGGUGAUGCAGACCAGGAACGCAUCGGACAUGGACGCUGUGCGGAAACUCGGCGCUGCCAGCGCCACCUCGGUGAGGAGGAAGACGCUCUGCGACAUCACCAACCUAAGGCGGCCGGUGGUGGCGGCAGGACGGGUUGAGGUACGCGGACGGCGUGGAUGGGAUCGCGUGGUUGGUCAAGGCAAGAUUUGCUGACCCGACUCCACCGCCGUCUCUUUCUUGGUUAUGAGUAUGAUGUGUCGCGGUCGCUAGCGCUGCUCUUUUUUUCUUGAAUCUAUGUGUGUGUAAAUGCAAGAGAAUUCGGAUCUUGUGAAGCUCCUGGAGGAGAGAGUAUUUUCCUUCAUCGAUUGUUCUCUUUUGUCUAGGAUGGAUAGGGCUUCUUGAUGUGUGGUUGUUCUGGUGUUGAAUCUAUUUGGUUUGAUUUGCAUAGUAUACAUCACGGCUCCAUAGUAGACAUCCAUGUUUAAAACUAAGAUCAGAUAUUUGAAUUGUCAGACUCUUUUGCUCAUUGUCAGACCAUGACUACGGCUUCCUAUUAAAGUUGUGUGGAAUGCUACUAAAAAGUGGACAAAAUUAUGCUUCAAA